AUGGUCGCCAUAGCACCUGUCAGAGUGUCUCAUAAUCCCACCUCGACGAGUCUGCAUCGGAAGCUCUUGUUCCCGAAUCUACCAGCAACACAACCUGUGCCAGUACUGGUGCCCGGAGAAGGCAAAGACAUUGAGAUCUUGAAUGAUCGUAUAUAUAACCUUGUAGCUCUUGCUUUUCGGGCAUAUAUCCUAUCUUGGCUACCUCGCAUAACAAAAGAUCAAUCUGUUCUCCCUCAAAUCAACGAGACCAUCCUCUUCCCACUCUUGCGUCCGAUAUGCUUUCGACUCUCAGAAGAUCCCUCGUCGAUUAUAGAAUUGCUCCUGAUUGAUCUGCCAUCGCUCUUGGAUCUACACAUCACAACGUUGCACGGUGCAAAAGAGGCACUAGCUCUUGGAGGAGGAGUCAACUGGGAUCAGUCGACUCUCGGCGAUGCGUACCAUGCUCGACUGCCUCUUAUGUCAGUCAUCAAGUCAGAAACCUCGGAAGACCGAUAUGAGACGUCUCCACUCUGGCUCACGGCCUUUGUCGAGGCUCUGCUCAAACUCAAUGUGGAGGGCGAAGAAUACGAUUGUCUCCCGGAACGAAUCAUGAUUCGAGAACUUAUCGGAAGAUUGGUACUAGGAGGGAUAGCGAGGAGAAUCUCUCAACCGUGGUUUUGGUGGGGCUUGGGGCUCAAACUCAUUGGACCGUCGCCUGAUCCGAGCAUCGCAUUGUCGACACAAAAGUCGGCAUCCAUCCUUAAGCAAGGGUCGAAAUGGAUCUGCAGGAUCUGGAAAUACCUGUUGUUGUCAUGGGGAUUCGUCACUUGGGUAUUCGUCCUCCUAGCCGAAUCUCCCCGACGACAAACAAGAUAUCGAUACUGUGCGCUUCCGACCGUGCGCAUGGUCCGGUCAAUCAUUGUGAACCCCUUCUGGAUCUUCAGGUCAAUUCUGGCGACCCUUGAACUCUUCGUGUCAUUUGCCUCUCCCGUCAUCGACCGAGUCAUCCCCCACUUGAUCGAGAGCCGGCUCAUGACUGUCAAGUCGGCGAUACGUCUCGUCGAUCUCCUCGAGCGUAUUCUCUUCCCUCUUAACGGGUAUCCAGCGCCUACUCCCGAAGAUCCGACACCUGAGGAAGCUGCGAGCAUGCGACGAUAUCUAGAGCAGAGGAUCAGCGAGAUUGUACCGAGCUUCGCUAUUAAGGUUCUUCCUCCUCCUGGAACGUUUCUCGAACCAUUGUCCGAUGCCGACUGCAACGUCCAUCUUAUAGCCAUGGUCUACAGUGCCGCCAUAGGCGCUUUGGUCCCGGAGCUGGUGGUCGGCAGCAAUGUCAAGGUCAGACCCAAAAAUAGUGCAUGA